GAAAUUUUUGAAUUAUGAGUUAUAUAAUUUGACACUAUGUUCGAACAUGUAUUUUACUUUAAAAAAAAACAAUUUUAAAAGAUAGAUUUUUAAAGAAUCUUAGGCAUAUAUGCUUAUGUACCUACCAUUUUUUGAGAAGAAAUUAAAAAAGAAAUAGUAUGGAAAAAGAAUCGAAGAGAAAACCAAGAAUUCUAUGUCUCCAUGGCUAUAGAGAAAGUGCUGAAAUACUCAAGAAAUUGAUUCUCCGGUGGCCGGAAUCCGUCACCGGAAAAUUAGAUUUGGUUUUCUUGGAUGCACCUUUUCCGGCUAAGGGCAAAUCUCGACUUGAAGGUUUCUUUGAUCCUCCUUACUUUGAAUGGUUUCGAUUUAAUAAGGAUUUCACAGAGUUUUAUAAUUUUGAAGAAUGCCUUGAAUAUAUAGAAGAUUUUAUGUCAAAGCAUGGACCUUUUGAUGGUAUUCUUGGUUUCUCAAUGGCAGCUAUUUUAUGUGCAGCAAUACCAGGAAUGCAAAGGGAAGGAGUGGCUCUAAAAAAAGUUCCAAAAAUAAAAUUUGUGAUACUAAUAUCAGGGGCUAAAUUUGGAGGGCCCUCAUUUGGGGUACCAAAAUUGGCUAUCAAUGCAUUUUCAUCUCCAAUCAAUUGUCCAUCACUUCACUUCUUAGGAGAAAAGGAUUACCAAAAAAAAGAUGGAGAAGUUCUAUUAGAGUGUUUUGUGGAUCCACAAGUGAUUUACCAUCCUAAAGGACAUGCCAUACCAGAACUAGAUGAUAGCAGCGCUGAAAUAAUGCUUGGAUUUAUUGAAAAGACAUUCCCAAAUUUUGUAACAGGGGCGGAUCAAUAUAAUUGGAAGCCCAAAGCGAAACUUUAAGCUAAAAAAAUUGUGAAUGUAUAUAUAUUUAACUUUUAAUCAAAUUUCCUAACUUUUGUUUUU